AUAUUAUUUCAUCAUGAUGCUGAGGAGUGAGUAUGGGUUUCUAUGCACCCUAAUACGUGCUCUGUCCCAAGCUACGUGUAGUCCUCGUGCAAGAAAAUUCGUACCUCCUCAUAGAAGAAAUUGGAUGCUGGACAACAAGACUAUUUUUAAUCGAAAUUUCAAAAAUUGGAAUGCUUCCUUGAAAAAUACAAAAAUUAUCCCAGAUGUUCUAUUAACUGAAGUUCCACAACCAUUGACGGUUGUAUACUUCGAUGAUAACGUAGAGUUUGGGACUUUACUGGAAUAUCACAGCAUAGACGAAGAACCUAUAGAUCUUGACUGGCCGUACAAUGUGGGUGAAUUGUACACCGUUAUCAUGUCUG